GAAUAUGUCCUCUGCAUGAGGCCAGCGGCUAAAUUUAUGUCUUGGGGGCCGAGAAGCAUCUUUGGUAUUGAGUCACUUGCUCCGUGCCUCUUUCUCUGCUGCAGGGUCUGUGGGAGACGCGCACACAUGUCGCACCGCAAGUUCCAAGCUCCCCGCCAUGGGCACAUGGGCUUCCUUCCUCAUAAACGGAGCCGCCGGCACCGAGGCAAAGUCAAGACCUGGCCAAAGGACGACCCCAGCAAACCGGUCCACCUGACCGCCUUCCUGGGCUAUAAGGCUGGCAUGACCCACAUCCUACGGGAGCUGCACCGGACCGGGCUCAAGGUGUCCAAAAGGGAGGAGGUGGAGGCGGUGACCAUCAUUGAGACACCCCCUUUAGUGGUGGUUGGAGUCGUGGGAUACAUAGAGACCCCAAGGGGCCUGCGGAGUUUCAGAACCAUCUUCGCUGAACACAUCAGUGACGAAUGCCGGCGGCGCUUCUACAAGAACUGGCACAAGAGCAAGAAGAAGGCCUUCACCAAGUUCUGCAAAAAAUGGCAGGACGAGGCAGGGAAGAAGCAGCUGGAGAAGGACUUUGCGGCCAUGAAGAAGUACUGCAAAGUUAUUCGUGUCAUUGUGCACACCCAGAUGAAGCUGCUCCCGAUGCGCCAGAAGAAAGCGCACAUCAUGGAGAUCCAACUGAACGGGGGAACAGUGGCCGAGAAGGUAGACUGGGCCCACGAAAAGAUGGAGAAGCAUAUCUCCGUACAGUCGGUCUUCAGCCAGAAUGAGAUGAUUGAUGUGAUCGGCGUCACCAAGGGCCACGGCAUGAAAGGAGUGACGAGUCGCUGGCACACCAAGAAGCUCCCCAGGAAGACCCACAAAGGGCUGCGCAAAGUCGCCUGCAUCGGGGCCUGGCACCCGGCCCGCGUGGGCUACUCCAUUGCCCGGGCUGGACAGAAGGGCUACCACCAUCGGACCGAACUCAACAAGAAGAUUUACCGCAUCGGCCGCGGGGUCCAUGUCGAAGACGGCAAGAUGGUGAGGAACAAUGGCUCCACCAAUUACGACACAACCGAGAAGACCAUCACUCCCUUGGGGGGAUUCCCACAUUACGGCGAGGUCAACAACGAUUUUGUCAUGGUGAAGGGCUGCGUGGUGGGCACCAAGAAGCGGGUGCUGACCCUACGGAAGUCUCUUCUGGUGCACACAAGCCGGAAGGCUUUGGAGCCCAUCGAGCUGAAAUUCAUUGAUACCACUUCCAAAUUUGGCUACGGUCACUUCCAAACGGCCCAAGAGAAGCGGGCGUUCAUGGGCCCACAAAAGAAGCACCUGCUUAAAGGGAAAGUGGAGACCAGAGAAGAAGCAUGAAGACUUUUCCUUGAAGAAAAAAAAUUAAUUAUUUUCCUUUCUCCAAAUUGUCCCUGCUUUGGUCUGCGUCCCAACAUGAAUACAUUGAGAAAAACAUGG